GUGGAGAAAGUUACAUUGUUUAUAACCGUGGAGAAAGUUACAUUGUUACAUGUAGGAAAUGGGACAAGAAGAUGUAGUGAAUCAGAGUAGUACAGCGUCUGUGUAUUGAACUAUUUAUAGUGAUCAUUUCUAGAUAAGUGAAACCAAAACUUUGGAGAAAUGAGCUAGAGAUAAUAAUCUCUCUGCUUAGAAGUAAUUAUCACUGAUAAGAUUUUCUGUGUAUUUGUUUUGGAGCAACUUUAGAUAUUAAUUUGGUCAUUUGGGUAACGACCCUGAAGACUUUUGGAUGUUGGAUUACUUAACUAAAUUAUGUUGACAGAUUUUGAUUAGGAUUUUGGAUUCAUGUGUGUUAUCGUGUUGGAUAGACAAUUUUUGAGGUCAUGUGUUUGAAAAUAAGAAAAAUAAUUAUUCAAAGAUGAAGUUACCCAGCAGUAUUUGUCUUUUGUAAUAUUUCUCAAUAAAACAAAAUUCUUCAAUAAAUAGUUCGGGAAAUUGAUGGAAAUUGUAUCCAUGCUAUUGAUGGAUUGUUUUUAAAUUUGACAAAUAAAAGAAUAAAAGCUGUCAAUUUUCUUGGGACAAAGGAUCUCUAAAAAUCUAGAAAUUUGAGACCUAUUGAAAUAUCUGACAGCUGAUUUGAGAAAAGAAACCUCAGAAAAUUGAGACCUUAGAAAUAACUGUAUGACUAAUGUAGCAGUGUUUACCAAUAUUUUCUAGGGAAUAUUGCAAAUAACUAAUUAUGACUAAUAGUUGUCAGUUAUUACGAACCACUAUCAACUAUCGAUGAUUUUGUUCUUUAUUUUGGUCAGAGACACUUUGAAGUACUGAAGAUUCUAUAUAACUUUAUUAUUCUUGGUGUGUUUAAAAUGUAUGUUAGCAGAACAUGUAUCGAGAGUGAAUCAUCCAAUGUAUUAAGUGAUAUGGCAUAAUAAUUUAGAUUUUUCUUGUGCAAAUGGAUAUCAAAAUAGUCUUGAUCAAUAAUUGGAUCAGUUCUUGGGAUGGAUAAAUUUUUGUGACUGGAAUAUUAAACCACUUAAACCACGGAAACAUGCAUACUUUUACUAAAAAAGGGAAAUUUAAUACCCUAGAUAGAAAGAAGAAAAAAGAAAUAAAGGUUACUACCCGACACUCCUCCCCAGUAAAAUAUACUAGACAUUCAAUAUUUAUAAAGAGUUCUUCACGACUUUCCUCCCCACUUAAGCAAAUUAAACCUGAUAGACAAUCAGUAUUUGUAAAGGAUGUGGACAAACUCCAGGAAGAAGUAAACAAAGUUUAUCGAUCGUUGAACUACAUCAAGGCUGUUGUUGACAAUGAGAAGUUACAAGUCAUCCCUACAACUGCCACUGUUGUCUUGGAAACAGUCAUGGAUGUUUUCAAUCUGCUCAGUCAUUUCUUCAUGACAAAAGACACGAACUCUUUACCUUCCAUUCAUAAGAAGGUAUGUCAGUGUCUGGCUAUGUUCAUCAGAUGGGCAGACAAAAUCCUGUUAAAUGGAGGAGCCCUCCUCAAUAAGGGGGAAGCUCAUGAAGUUAUCAAAGCUCUAACUGAUGGUGUGGAGGAGCUGAAACAGACCAGUAUAGACAAAUUAGAAGAUAGAAAAAAUAAUGUGUCUCCGCCCAAAUCUCCUGAUCCAUUACAAAGGAAUGAUGGACAAAAAAGAGCAUCACUACCAGACAUUCCACUAACUCCACGGGAAAAGAAGAUCUUAGACGACACAAGUGGAAUGGGACUUUAUGACAACGCCCACCUACAUGGAUCUCAGUCAUCUGACAGUAUAAUGCACCACAGUAGAGAUCCUACAGGAGAGUUACCUCCCCCACCUAAACCACCUCUUCCAAGUGAUACUGCUGCAGUUCAUAGGAUUGUGAAAACAAGAUCUAAAUCUGCCUCAGAUGACUUGGAAAAUGGGAAUGAGCCUCCUCCUUUACCUGAGAAAGAAAAACGUCCAUCGCUUGUUAAUAGUCAGGACUUUUUUACAAGUACACCAAAUGCCAAAUCAAGCCUAUCUUUGUCAGGUUAUUCCACACCGUCAAACCAGUCUCCACAUAACAGUUUGAUUAUAAAUGAUUCAUUUAACAGUCUUAUGGAUUGUUCAAGUUCACCCUUGAGUGUAUCACCACUAGACCGAUCGCCAAACAGCAGUAUGAGUUCUGGACUUAAUCGAUCUUCCGAAGAUUUGUUAGAUAGUGCUAAUUUAAGAGUUCGAACAAACAGUUUUUCUAGGGUUCAUUCAGAAUCUGGAAUAGGUCUUAUGAAAAAAUUAACCACAUCCCUGACCAAAAGUGCUUCACAAUCUGACGGAACAAUUGGUCAAGUUAAUGAGUUGACGUUAAAAAUCGAUGAAUUGACAAAAGGAAUUGCUAAAUUGACCAAUCAGAACGGUGAAAAUAAUCUGCCACCAUUACCGGUAAAACGAUCGAAACCAACGAGACAGACAUCAAUGUACGAUAACGUGACCGAUAGUGGAAUUAAUUUAAGCCGCAUGGAAGCAAGGAUGUCAUCAUCUUCAACGAGCAGUUCUCAGUCAUUUUCUGGGUUUUCUAUUUCUCAAAAGACAACUUCAGUGUCAUACUCACAUAGGACCAGUUCUCAGGAGACAUGUUCUAGCUCUGAGGCAUUCUCUAGUACAAGUCAUUCAAGUAUAGACAGCCUCCCAAAACCUCCUCCUCUUCCUCCAAAGAAAAAACACAUACAAGAAUACAUGAGGACCUUUGGAUCUUACUCCCAGCCGUCACAAACAAUAUCUGAUUGUUUAUAUUCAAGGCAUUCUAUGAACUUUUACGAGUCACAAUGGCAUGAAACACAGAUAGAGAUCCAAAAUCCCUACCCACGGUCCAAUACAAUAAGUUUGUUAUCUGAUUUAAGUUCCGAUUCAUCCAUUUCUGGUAGCGGUUUAGCAAUACCUCCACUUCCAACUAAAAGAAAGUAUAGUGAAAACAGAGAUUCAAUGUCUUCCAUUCAGUCUGAUACAUCCUUAGAGUACCCCAGAGAAAAGGCAGCUAGUAUGGUAGAGGGACCAACACAGGGAGCUACUGGUGAUAUAGAGUUGAAAAGGUCAUCCUGUCCACCAGGUCAUUUGAAGGAGAAAAUGGAGGCCACAUUAAGUAGUUUACAUAAACCAGAAAUGCCGAGAGAUGCAGACUCAGACUUUGCUGAAAUCAAUCCUUUAGAUGAUAUAGAUGUCUCCGACCAGCUCGUUAGGAAAAAAGAUUCUGAAGAUGGACCUGAGAUAAGAGGUGGUUCAGUCGAUGCUAUGAUCGUACAUGCCUCAGCAGUAAAUAGAAAUGGCUCAGAAAGUGAAUCUGUUAAUCAAGAGGAUUUCUUGUUUCAAGAAGCGUUUCUGACCACAUACAGAACAUUUAUCACUCCUACGGAGUUAAUGGACAAGUUGCUAUACAGAUUUCAGAAGUUUCACCAUGCUCCGGAUAAAAAGAAAAAAGUAGCCGGUAAUGGCUUUGCCUUACUGAUAAGGAUCAUUGAUGAAGUCAGGGCCAAUGAAUUAGCUGAAAACACAACCAAAAAGAUAAUGGAUUUAGUUUUUGAACUGUUAUGCCAAGGUGACUUGAUGUUGGCAAAAAUUCUACGAAAAAAGAUAAUAGAAAAAUGUGAAAGUAAACAGACAACUGCUGAUAUUUUUCCUUCCAUGACAAUUAUGUCCUCUAUAUCAUUACAAACUAGUCCCUCAGAUAUGUUACAUGUGAAGUCACAUGACAUUGCCGAACAGAUGACAUUAAUAGAUGCUGAAUUGUUCCAUAAAAUUGAAAUUCCAGAAGUAUUAUUAUGGGCCAAAGAACAGUCUGAAGAACAAAGUCCCAAUCUAACAACAUUUACAGAACACUUCAAUAAAAUGUCAUACUGGGUAAGAACCAGAAUAUUAACACAGGAAGAAGCAAAAGACAGAGAAAAAUAUUUCAUGAAAUUUAUUAAGGUCAUGAGACAUCUUAGAAAGUUAAACAAUUUCAAUUCCUACCUGGCUAUUUUAUCUGCUGUUGAUUCUGCACCAAUCAGAAGAUUAGAAUGGCAGCGACCAAAUUUAGAGGUACUAAAAGAGUUUUGUCAGUUGAUUGACAGUUCUGGUUCGUUCAGAGCUUACAGACAUGCAUUAGCAGAAACAGAACCACCCUGUAUACCUUAUAUUGGUUUAAUUUUACAAGAUUUAACAUUUAUCAACAUUGGAAAUCAAGACUUCCUGCAAGAUGGCAAUAUUAAUUUUGCCAAGCGAUGGCAACAAUUCCAUAUACUGGAUAGCAUGAGAAGAUUCAAAAAGGACAAAUAUGAGAUGAAAAAGAGUGAAAGGAUUUUAUCAGUAUUCAAUAACUUUGACGACUGUCUCUCAGAAGAAAGCUUAUGGCAAAUUUCUGAAAAAAUAAAACCAAGAGGGAAGAAAAAAGAAUUCAAACCAGAAUCAUGAUCACUUAAUGUAAGACUCACAAUGAAUCCUGGGUAAAAAAAAAACAACAUGAAAGCUCAAUCCAAGAGCAAAGGAGUAGACUGAUCCAUGUCUCAAAUGUGUUUCAGAAGGUGCUAUAGAUAACAUGUAUUACAAGAGUUAUUGAGACUCUGUGAUUUAUGUGAUCUGGAUGUAAAUUGUGAUAUGCAGGACUAAACUUUCACCAGUGUUUUGUAUUAUUUAUUUAUACAGUAAUUAUGUAUUGUAUAUAUAUCGGCAGUUAAUUAAGGCAUGUUAAAGCGACAGGAUUCUUCAGAAAAUGAAAUCUUUAUGGUAAAAAGAAAAGUGACCUCAUAAUGUUUUUUAGUAGUAACAAUUCAGGUUUUGUGUGAAGGGGACAAAAAUUACUUUCAAGGCAAUGUAUAUUAGGACUAAACAAGAGAGUGUUGACAUUGUGUUAUUUGUUAUAUAACUCGAAGCAGUUUAAUUUGUUUUUAAACAGGACCCAUUUCAGUAUAUCUGUAUUGGUCCUGCAUUUUAUUUGAAUUCACACUCACAUGUGUGUGUAUUGGGAAGUUACAACAAUGAAAAGCAGUAUGUAUGUCUCUUUACAUUAAUGACCAUAAAAUCAUAAAUUAAUGGGAGAACUACUCCACACUAUCAUUGAAUUCAAUUUAUAUAUACAAUGUACAUGUAUAUACUUAUUUAACAAGUCUAUUUACCAAUAAACUGAAUUAUUCUUUUUACCAAGCAUUGUAAAACUUAUAAUGUUCAUUAUUAAUAUUAAUAAAUCAUAAUACCACAAACAAAUGAGAUGACAGAGUAAUAAAUUAAAAUGCAUUUUAAAAAGUACUGAUUCAAUUAAUCCGUUAUUUACCAAUUAUUCAAGAGAAUGGGAUUAUAUUGCAAAAAAAUAAUUUUUGUAUAAUACAUUCUUUCCUUAAAAUUUCCUAAAAAAGAAGUAAAUUUUACUGAUUUUUAAACAUAUUUUUUGUUUGAGAAUCAGAAUUAUUUGUGUAUUAGAAAAUUUGCCAUUAUAAUGUGAUUUAAGGUCAGGAGGUCAGGGAGGCAUGACCUAGAGAUGACAGAUUAAGGUUAGGCAUGUAUAUAAAGCUUUAUAUAUUUAUUUGAAGACAAACACUUCCAGCUGGUCUGAGAAGUAAAUUUGAUGUGUUCAGUAGACAUAUAGAACCAGUAGUGUGUAUAUAUCACUUAGCACAUAAUUAUGUCUUAUGUUCAUUCAAGCGUGUUACUCGUACUGUAUUGAACUAUGGUCUUGUGUUCAUUCAAGCGUGUAUCUCAUAUUGUAUCGAACUAUGGUCUGGUGUUCAUUCAAGCGUGUAUCUCAUACUGUAUCGAACUAGGGUCUUGUGUUUAUUCAAGCGUGUAUCUCUCACUGUAUGAUCAAAUUUAUUCAAUUUGUUACUCAUGCUCUGUUUUUUAAUAAAAUUUGCAGAUUUUUUUUGUAAUUCUGUUAUACAUUGUGUAUUAUUCAUACUGAAAAAGUGAAACAAUUAUUUCAACAGCAGUUUUCACAUAGAAUUUUUCCAUUUGCUCAGAACCUCUUGAAGUUGUGAAACAAAAUUUGAAAGACAGUCUUCAUACAGAUUUUUUUUUCUUUUUGCUCAGAACUCCAGAAGUUGUGAAACAAUUAUUUAAUAGGCAGUUUUCGCAUAGAUUUUUUUGCUAUUUGCUCACCUGAAGUUGUGAAACAUUUAAUAGGCAAUUUUCAUAUAGAAAUUUUUCUAUUUGCUUAAAACUCUAUUAUUCAGCACAAAAUCAUAACUGAAAAAAAAAUGAAAUUAUGCCUAAUGAAUAUGACUACCAUGUAGUAAAGUAUGAGGAUCCUUCAGUGAAACAAAUAUGUUUCUUUAUAUAUUUUGAACAAAUAGAAUAUGUUUUAAAUCAGUUAUGAAUUUGCAUCAUUUUAUAGAUGUGGAGUUGACUUAUUAUCUAAUUUACAUUAUGAAAUAGUGCUAUGCUACAAAUGAUAAGGGCUGUUACAUAAAUUUUCAUAUAAAAGGUUUGGAGGAUAUACAAUUUAAACGAUAAGAAAUAUCAAAGAGUUCAGAUAUUUUUAGCCAUAAAGUUGUGAUUGCACGGUAAGAUUUUCCAUCAAAUUUGAUAGUCACCUAGGUAAAUUAUACAGCAUUCUGACUAAAGGAUGCGUUUUCCAUCAGAUUACCCUAAUGCCAUCCAAUUUUAGUGUUCGUAUAGUGUUAUUUUGUGUACACCACAUUAUAGGUAAAAAAUCAGAUGAAAAUUGUACUUUGUAAAUCCAACUUUAGUCUUCCAACAUUUAUAUGAAUUAGUUCUGGAACACCUUUUUACAUAUGUAAAUUGUUGAUAUGCAGAAUAAAAUGCAAGAUGACUUAAAAAUAAAUUGUUGUUAUUAUGCAAAAUACACUUAUUGACCAUGCACAUUUUAUACCUGUUUCAAGAGCCCAUUUUAGUACAUUGUUUAGAGCCAUUUUAAUGUUAUUUAUAGUCCAAUAUACCCAAAUGUCCAAAUAAUUGUUAAAAGUUGAAAAGCUGGUCUUUGAAUAAAUGUAGCCAGAAUUA